AUGGACUUGACGAUCUACGUCCAGUCCGGCGGGAUGUCCGCAGCUUUCGCACUGAGUUUGGACGUCCUGCCUCACCAGCUCACGGCCAUCGCUCAUGUGACCUCGAUCCUCCAAAUGUGCAGCAUGUAUGCGGAGUCCAGGCCCUCCCAGCAGGAGGCUCACCAGCAGCUCAAGAGCUACAUGGACAAGGUAAACUUUAUCCAGACGCAGCUGGUAAAUAAACAGAAGCGGCGAACUUCCGCCAAACGUGGAGUGAAGCCAAUGCCGGUAAUAUUGGACAGCAAGGGUGACUACGAGCAAUCUGGCAAUGGAAACUUGUCGGACGAGGAGUCGACAGUGCGGCCGAUCGCGCAGCAAAGGCAGAAAGCCAGAACAGCCCCGGCCGCGGAGAGCGACCCGCCCGACGAGGACUCAAGGCCAGAUCGCGGGAUCUCAGAUCCAUCGCCAAGGGGCAGCUCCAUCAACUCCAACUCUUUGGAAGACAUACCUUCGGAUCUCAUGUUUGGGUCUGGAAGACAGGCGACAGACGACGUCAACUGGGACAAAAAGGCGGACGACGACAACAAAGCAGAAACUGUGGAUGUAGCCGAAAACGUCAACCCCAGUCCUCCGAAGUCAGCAGCACAUCUUCUUUCAACCUCCUUUCGCUGGAGGGUGCCUGCAGCACCUGUCUCGUGGAUGUGGAGCAAGAAGAGCGCACGGAUUGUCCCCGACGAGAAAACUACCCAUUCGCUGGAUCAAGCAGCGGCACUAGUGCCAUGUGCACUUCUCGAAUAG